AUGAGUCUUCCUAAUCAACAGUCUGGAGUAAGCGCCGGGAGUGAUAUCGCUGCUAAGUUUGAUGCUAUCAACUCAAAUCGUCGGGACAUCUCAAUAAACAUCGGACUUGUUGACAAGGCAGGAGACAGUCCCUCCAGCAGGAUGCCCUGGGAAAAGAAAGUUCUGUUCAUCAGACAUGGUGUGACGGAGAUGAACGAGUACCUCCGGUCGGUGCCUUACGGAAGCAAGGACUUUGUGGAUCCGGGGAUGAGGGACACGAGAUUGACGGUGACGGGGCAGGAGCAAGCAGCAGAACUGGGCAAGGCGAUGAUAGAGCAAGUGGAGACAUGGAAGGAGAACGGAGAAGGUUUGGAUCUUAUUGUCAGCUCCCCACUCUCCCGUGCGCUGGACACGGCUCAACUCAUCUUCUCGGGCGAGAACUUGAAGUGCAUCCCGCGUCGAGUGAAUCCACUCGUGAGGGAGAGGAUGUGGCUGUCUUCCGAUGUUGGCACUCCGACGUCUCAGCUGCGGUCCGCGUAUCCUUCCUGGGAGUUUGGGGACAUGGAGGACGUCUGGUGGUACACGACUGAGGAUGACUGGCAGACGAAGGAGUGGCGGAGUCCUGGUCGAUACGUCUGUGCUGGAGAACCAGAAUCGGUGUUCCGGAAACGACUGACGGAGUUCAAGAACUGGCUGAAGACGCGAGAAGAGCAGAGGAUCGUCGUGGUUGCUCACUGGGGUGUCAUCUAUGCGUUGACAGGUUUAAGUCUGAGGAAUUGCCAGGCUCAGGAGAUCAAGCUUUCCACCCUCUUAGAGCAAGAUAUUUUUUCGACGGAUUAA